AUGGGUGUUCUUAGCUAUUUCAAGAUUUCAAAGUCUGAAAAGAAGUCUGAAUCAAGCAAAGAGAAAGCUCCAGCUGCGCAAACUUCUGUCGUUGGCAAUGAUUCCCCUCAACAUGGCUCGGAACCCUCACCUACGGGCUCGAGUAGGCAAAGUGUGAUCAGCAACAAUCGUUUAGAUGAUAUCAGACAUCAAGUUAUUCUCAACUAUCUUUGGCAGAAGCAAAGAGGUCUGAUGUGGAUUAUGGAUAAUUCAGGACAACACGAGGGUGUUAUGGUGCGCAAAGAUAGAACAGAAUAUCUCUGUCGUCCUCCAUCCCUAUCCAGCUCCACCUUUGGCAGAGCGAUGAAGAUCAUGAACGUUUCGGCUGCUAUGACCAUCAACUCCCCCGUCGUUGAACCAUUUCUCACCAGAUCGCCUGACGCUCUUGAUGUUCCUCUUACAAACGGCCUUCGAAUUCAAAUUUUACCAACUCUUGACGAUCUUCCUCGUGCUCGCAGAGCUCAGUAUGCUGCCUUCAUUGCUAGAGAAGCCCUCCUCGUCGUCUGGGAAGAUGAUCCAACACUCCUUUUCGACAGAGCGAAAGCAAUCGAGGACGGUCUACUCCAAACUAUUUGGAGUGCGACUGAUCAUGAAAAGAGUGAAUCCGUACCUCGAGUUCAGAUCAGCGAGGUUGAUGAAGAGACAGGGCAGCGUGUUUUUGAAGAAAGGCCGAUCAUGUACCUCAACUCUUUCAUGGUCUCGUGCUCAAUUUGUCUUUUGAUUUGCAUUAUGGGCUUGGGAUACGCCGAACUUGCUUUAGAGGUCGUUGUCUUGAAGCAUUGGAUAUCUCUUUGCUACCUGAUUAUGACUCCGAUAUACUGCUUCUUCACAUUGUUCUUCACAAACGUCGUGAUUGGUGUCCUCAUGCAAUGUUUUGGUCCAGUCCAGCAACUCAACAGGAACACCAAGUUCUUCUCUGCGACAGCACCACCUCGUCUUCUGACCUCCACCUUACCACAUGUCACUAUUCAGUGUCCUGUAUAUAAAGAAGGACUAUCUGCCGUCAUUGCUCCAACAAUCUCCUCGAUUAAGAAAGCAAUUUCUACCUACGAAUUACAAGGAGGAUCCGCAAAUAUCUUCAUUAAUGACGACGGUCUCCAACUUCUUGAUGAAUCCUCUCGACAACAAAGAAUUGACUUCUACGCUGAUCAUGGCAUCGGUUGGACCGCCCGUCCUCCUCACGGUCAAAAUGGUUAUAUGCGUAAAGGAAAGUUCAAGAAAGCUUCAAACAUGAACUACGGACUCGCUUUGUCCAAUGCUAUCGAAGAGAAACUUCACGAUAUUGAGAGACCGAUUACUUGGACUCAAGUUGAUGAAGUUUCUGCCUUUGAAACUUGUCUAUCGGAUGUUCUCGAUGAGAACCCUGAAGCAUGGGCGGAAGGGAACAUCAGAGUUGGUGAUUACAUUCUUCUUAUCGAUUCCGAUACUCAGGUUCCCGAAGACUGCUUGCUUGAUGCUGCUAGCGAAAUGGAACAAUCUCCAGACGUAGGUAUCAUUCAAUUCUCUUCUGCCGUCAUGCAAGUAUCGCACAACUUUUUCGAGAACGGUAUUACCUUCUUCACGAAUCUCAUCUACUCCGCCAUUCGUUAUGGUGUUGCGAAUGGUGGUGUAGCUGCAUUCGUGGGACACAAUGCUAUUCUCCGAUGGUCUGCUAUCCAGGAGAUCGCUUUCGAGGAUGAAGAAGGAGAUGAACGAUUCUGGUCCGAGUCUUGUGUCUCGGAAGACUUUGACAUGGCUCUACGAUUACAACUUAAGAGCUAUACAAUACGCAUGGCUGCUUGGGCUGGAGAAGGAUUCAAGGAAGGUGUAUCUCUUACCGUCUAUGAUGAAUUGACUCGCUGGCAAAAAUAUGCUUACGGCUGUAACGAACUUAUGUUUAACCCCAUCAGAACUUGGCUGUGGAAGUCUCCAUUUACACCUCUCUUCCGCAAAUUUCUCCGCUCCGGUAUCGAUAUUGGUUCGAAAGUUCAGAUUGUCGCUUAUAUCGGCACGUACUAUGCAUUGGGUAGUGCUUGGAUUAUCUGUGUUGCGAACUAUGUAUUCGUUGGUCUCUGGAACGGAUACCUCGAUCGAGCAUAUGUCGGUUCAUGGCAAAAUUGGCUCGCUAUUACGGUGGUGUUUACUGGAGCAGGUAAUAUCGGUCUUGCAGUACAACGUCAUCGUUCUGGUGAAAAGUCUUUCCUUCCUGCUAUCCUCGAAAAUAUGAAAUGGUGCUUCAUGUUCAUGAUAUUCUUCGGUGGUGUCUCCGUCCACAUGUCCCAAGCACUUCUCUGCCACAUGUUCGAGAUUAAUAUGUCCUGGGGCGCUACAUCAAAGGAAGUUGAAUUCUCCAAUUUCUUCUUGGAAGUGCCUAAGAUUCUGAAGACCUUCAAAUAUACAUACAUGAUGUGUCUCUUCGGCAUCGUCGUAAUGAUCAUCAUGGCAGAAGCGCCGUUCCUACCGUGGAGUUACAACAUCACCGAGUUCAUUGCAAUUUUUCCAUUAGGGGUUAUGUGCGCUAGUCAUUUACUGUUACCGGUAGCUUUGAACCCGGAGAUGAUGACGUUCAGUUGGUAA